UUUUUGAAUAAAAGUAAUGCGAAAUAUGUAACAUUGAUAAUUUCGGCAUUUAAAAUGCUGUGUUUAUUAUGAUGUGAAGUUGUCGUUCUGCCGAUUUCUGAAUUGUUUGUUAGUGUGCGCGUAGAGAAAAUACAGACAGUCAAGAAAGUUCUUCCGUUUCCGAUAGAGAAAGAAUCUUAGGCAUGCGCGAAGAAUAUGGCUUUCGAUUCUCUGGUGCAUUGACCAUCAUGACUUCAGUUAUUACACUAUGUGCAGACAGCCGCAUACGCCAUCAAGGUCGUUAUUUAAUCCAAUCCACAUACUUAAGUUCCAGGAUGCAAGUUCGAUAUAGUAAUGUGUUAGAGCUUGCAAUCGUUAACUUUCUGUGUAUGCAACUGAAUGACGCAUAUACUUACGUAACAUCGUUUACAAGUUAGGAAGUACUCUGUGAUGAAUAAUAUAUCGAUGCAUUGACAAAAAUUUUGAAUUUUUAUUUAUAUAUAUCUACACAGUCGUCAAAAUACUGAUGAUAAUGCAUAAUAUGAGCCAUACGAGUCAUUCUGCUUACAUGUGUCGUGUGUAGAUAAUCACAACAGUAUAUUGAAUAUUAUCACUGAACUCAGUAAAUGUGGAAUUUCCCGUUAUAACUGGAAUAGCUACGUGAAUCGAUGAAGAUAAGUUAGUAGUAGUACGAUAGAAUUAGGCAUAAGUACAGACAAAUAUUUUGGUAUAAAAAUAGAUGAUGAUAUAUCUUGAAAUUUUUUAAGUGUCCUAUUACAAAGAUGUUACUUCUCUAAUAUUACAUAGUCUCUUACUUAAUUCUAUAUAAUUAUAUGAAUUAUGAUUACAUAUUAUGUAUUUAUAAUAUCCUCAGUCAAUUUUUGUUACCAUUCAAUUAUUCAUCCAAUUGGAAACACAAUGGAUAAUUAUUAUAUACAAGUUACAAUUUCCUUAAAUGUUUAAAUAGAUAUAUCGAAAACAGAAAUUUAUACGGAAGUGCAAGAACAUUUAAAAGAUACAGUCGAUUACCAGUGUUACGAUUAAAAUUAUUGUACUAGUAUUUAUGUACCAGUAUCCAUAAGUUUAUGCUCGGCCGAUAUCAAUUGAUAUGAUUAAUUCUCACUACGAAUACUUGCACGCGCAGUGAAAUUUACAUGAUGUAGACAAAGGACAUUUUUAGCAUUAGUCUAUUCUCUACAAGGUCCACUACGUAUGUACGUGUCUUCAAGGUGUAUAAAUACACUUUACUUGAAGUUACUCCAUUGAACCCUGGCGUUGUGCUUCGUAACAUACUGGCCAUACGCCAGGGUUACGCAAGUCGCGCCCUGUUGACCUCCUUCUUCAUGAGAGAUUGACCUUGUAUCUCGUUCUUGUAUCUUAAACAGCGCAAACUCGAAACCACCCCAAAGACAAUCACGGUACAACACAUGUACUUUAUCGCAAUUGUAUUUAUCAAAAUUUUCUACUUGUAUUAAUAAAUAAAAAUAUAAAAAAUGUUGAUAAUAAAUGUUCUUAUCGAUGAGAAUAUAACUUGAUCUAUGUAUUCAUAUUAUAUACAUGACCAUUACCAAAGUGUAGAGAUAACGAUCGAUCGGUAUGACGGAAUUGUACUGUAAUACCUGCCUCAAAUCGAAUAGGGUCACAUCAAAUUGUAUAAUACAAAACUCGAUCGGUCAUUAUCCUUGACAUAAUGUUUUCUUCUUUUUCCCUUUAAUGUAAUUUUCUUCG